CCAACCGCAAGCAUUUCCCAAACAGUCGCAAACUGUCCCGAUCAGCUGGCUGGCCUUCGUCUUGACAUGUUUCCCCAAUCAGCUGCCUCCCAGCCUUCUUCACGUUUCAACUACGUGAGAUAAAACGCAUUUUUCAGCCUUGCCUGCCAACCAGCUUCCAACCGCCGACCAAACGAAGACAGCGAAAUUGUCGUGAACGUCCGGUGUCUUCGCAGAGUUUGCAAGUGUGCGGUAAGGCAACGUUUCCACGUAACAUGGAAAAAGUCUCCUCGAUCAUUUACGAAAUCAAAUUCAAGAACGUCCCACUACUACUCAAAUCUGUCAUUCGCUACUCAGACCGUGAGCAAUUCUUCAUUUGCUUGUAAGAUAAAAGCGCCCCACGCAAUCGAUCGUAUUGAGAAUGAUGACGAGCAAUGCUGGCGGAAUCGAUGGCGACGGCGAAGACUCGGAGGAGUCUUCUUCCUCCUUGGCAACCAUGCCCGGUCAAUUCAUGACCGUCCUGGAUGACUUCCGUGAACAAUGGCAAAAGGAGCUAAAAGGUGAAUCCAGUCGCGGGACCCCUACCCGGGAGAACAACAAGCAUAAAUCACUCCACACCACUCAGAAGGGUCGGGACUUGAGCGACGAGUCGAGGGCGGAGCAACUUUUCCUGCAGGGAGCCGAACUGGAGAAGCGGGGAAAGGUGUACGAUGCCCUCACCUACUAUCGCCGGGCCGUGCAGAUUGUACCCGACAUCGAGUUUCGAAUUUAUGAGGCCGCUAAGAAGGCUCAGCAAGCAAGUGCCAUAGCUGAUACUGCAAAUCUUAACAGGAACACCGCUGACGAUGAGGAAGAUACCAUCAACGACGCAGACGGCGACGAGGAUGAAGACCUCUCGAAUGUCGAUUUGUUCGCCCGUUUCCACAACGCAAUCUUGAAGAGUGACUCUUUAUUCACACGCACCAACGCCGAGAAGGGGAUGCUGAUUACAGGAAUGCACAUCUCUGAUCUUCCCAUGGAGAUAAUCCUGUACAUUCUUCGAUGGGUUGUUUCGGCCCAACUCGACUUCAGGUCAUUGGAACAAUGUGCCGCGGUGUGCAAGGGUUUCUACUUAUGUGCAAGGGAUGAAGAAAUUUGGAGAUUAGCGUGCUUGAAAGUUUGGGGAGUUAAUACAGGUAUUUUGCAGAACUCUGGAUAUAAUAUGUGGCGCGAGAUGUACAUUCAUCGCCAUCGAGUCCUGUUCCAUGGGUGUUACAUCAGCAAGGCAAGUUACAUGCGAUAUGGAGAGAAUAGUUUCCAGGAUCAAUUCUAUCGACCAGUACAAAUCGUUGAGUAUUACCGAUACGUCCGUUUCUUCCCCGACGGUGUAGUACUUAUGAUGACUUCAGCCGAUGAUCCAGCACAAGUUGUGGGCAAAUUGCGUACAACUACGAAUUUACGUCCUGAAAUUCUAAAAGGACACUACCGACUACAUGGCGAGCAGGUGAUUAUCGUUCUGAAACGAUAUCAGAAGACCCAAACCUACUCAGCCGCAGGUGGCAAAAAGCGCGGUUCUAGCAACGAAGCUGACGACAGUCAUACAUUCUUCAUUGAGUUGAAUGUUGCAAGCUCAACACGACGAAAGUUCAACCAGUUGAUUUGGAAGAGUUACACUUUCACGCAAAUGAAGAACAGCUUCGAGAUACGCACUGACUUUGAAUUGACGUCGGCCAAGUAUCCACCGUUUUGGUUUUCGCGUGUUAAAAGCUAUCAUUUGGAGGCCGAUGCGCCUCUGCAGUAGAAUUUUUAAAUAAUAAUGAAUUUGUGUUAUAUAUGCCUCAAAGGCGAUUAUUUGUUUCCUGUUUCUUGUCCAAAUACUCCAACCCAGUAGAAUAGAGUGAGCGGAAAGCAUCGAUAACUAACAAGGAAUUCUAGUGAAAUAUAUUUUGUUUAAGUGGAAAAUGA